GGACGUGUCAUUUGUGGACGGCUCGUUGGUGGCUUUGCGCAGGUUCAUUUUUGUAAAAGUCUUGUUGGAGUCUUAUUAUUGAACAAAAGUUGAAUGGUUUCAUGCGAAUUGAUCAGUUGUUAAUUUAGUUAGGAUAGUUCAAUCACAGUAAAUCAAAAUGGGAAUCAAAUUCCUCGAAGUUAUAAAACCAUUCUGCAGUAUAUUGCCCGAAAUAGCGAAACCGGAGCGAAAGAUACAAUUCAGAGAAAAAGUAUUAUGGACAGCUAUCACACUAUUUAUUUUCUUAGUAUGCUGCCAGAUCCCAUUAUUCGGCAUAAUGUCAUCAGAUAGUGCGGAUCCUUUCUACUGGAUCCGUGUGAUCCUGGCCUCAAACAGAGGAACGCUCAUGGAACUUGGUAUCUCUCCCAUCGUCACAUCAGGUCUUAUUAUGCAGCUGCUAGCCGGUGCGAAGAUCAUUGAAGUUGGUGACACCCCAAAAGACAGAGCAUUGUUUAAUGGAGCUCAAAAAUUGUUUGGUAUGGUGAUAACAGUGGGGCAGGCCAUUGUAUACGUAAUGACUGGUAUGUACGGAGAGCCCAGUGAAAUUGGUGCUGGAGUGUGUCUGCUCAUCAUCAUACAGCUGUUUGUUGCUGGACUGAUUGUACUGUUGUUGGACGAACUUUUACAAAAAGGAUACGGUCUGGGCUCUGGUAUCUCCUUGUUCAUUGCUACAAACAUUUGUGAAACUAUUGUAUGGAAGGCAUUCUCACCUGCAACCGUCAACACUGGUCGCGGCACAGAGUUCGAAGGCGCGGUCAUAGCCCUGUUCCACUUACUAGCUACCCGGCCUGACAAAGUCAGGGCCCUGCGUGAAGCCUUCUACCGCCAGAACCUGCCUAACCUCAUGAACCUGCUCGCCACCGUCCUCGUCUUUGCUAUAGUUAUAUACUUCCAGGGCUUCCGAGUGGACCUGCCCAUCAAGUCUGCUCGCUACCGCGGCCAGUACUCAUCCUACCCCAUCAAGCUGUUCUACACCUCGAACAUACCCAUCAUCUUACAAUCUGCGCUGGUUUCUAACCUCUACGUCAUCUCACAGAUGCUGGCUGUGAAGUUUAGCGGUAACUUCCUGGUGAAUCUUUUGGGCGUGUGGGCGGACGUGGGCGGCGGCGGCCCCGCUCGAGCCUACCCCGUGGGCGGCCUGUGCUACUACUUCAGCCCGCCGGAGUCGCUCGCGCACAUCGCCCACGACCCCGUGCACGCAGUACUCUACAUCUUUUUCAUGCUGGGCUCUUGCGCCUUCUUCUCUAAAACGUGGAUCGAUGUUUCCGGAUCUUCUGCUAAGGAUGUUGCAAAACAAUUGAAAGAACAGCAAAUGGUGAUGCGUGGCCACAGAGACAACUCAAUGAUACACGAGCUCAACCGUUACAUUCCAACCGCAGCUGCCUUCGGUGGUCUCUGCAUCGGGGCUCUAUCAGUGCUGGCUGACUUCCUUGGUGCGAUUGGCUCAGGCACGGGUAUCCUGCUAGCUGUCACCAUCAUAUACCAGUACUUCGAGAUAUUCGUGAAGGAACAAGCAGAGAUGGGUGGCAUGAGCACACUUUUGUUCUAAGUCUUACAUUCAAGUAAUAUCUGUACAACAAAUUGAUGUUAAAUUGGCACAAUUAAAUUGAAAUCUCUUCUCGGUCUUGUUAAGUUUAUUCCGAAAACUGAUUUGAUGUUUUAUUAUUGUUUUAUCUAAUUCUUCUAUUUUUAUCUCUUUCAUUCUACCUUGUACAUUUUUUUUAUAUCUAGAGUUCUGUUGUAACAUGACAUUAGUAUAUGACAUACUUUAAAAAAUAAAUUAUAAGGCCACGAGUAAAGUUAAAACUUUGUUAUAGGUCACUUUGGGUUGUAAUAAGAAUUGUACUUUUUCACGAGCAUUGGAUGAAGUUGGGCCAAUAAAACCAGAUUACUUAAUAUAUAAACAACUCUGACAUUAUGAUCAUACGAUUUUAACUUAUGCAGUAAGUUUUGUUAAAAAUCUCUAUCCCGUCCCACUGGCUUUACUUUAGGUAUUAUAAUUAAGAUGAUCUCGACUUAAUGUUCAGUUUUGUUGUACAGGUAUAUACUGUGAAUGAAUACUCUUUAAUAGUCUCAUGUCUGUCGGAACAACCUGGGUUUUACCGUUCUAUCCUUCUUCUAUGACAUUAAAAUCUUACACGAAAAAAUAUUUCUUCGUCAGAUCUUACUCACGUUUGCGACGUCAAAUUUGGUAGUUUCUUGUAUGAAGAGAUGUCAAUUUCGACGUCGCAAAUUACUUUUCGUGUGUAGUUACGAUUACGAUGUUAUGGAAACUCCUUGAGUUUGUCAUGGAGCCCUAUUAUCAUAAAGUCGUGUACAUAUUUUUGAAAAAUGUUGCGAUUAAAUGUGGUCGUUCCGCCCGGUUUGCGCGUGAGUGAUUUGCGUGGGUUAUGUGCUAUUUAUAUGAUAAAUUUUAAUAAUAAAAUAAUUUACCGAGA